CUCUCUGUCACACACACACACACACAUAGUCUUUUCUGUCUCUCUUUCUCUCUCCGUGUGUUUCUGCCAUGCUCUAAUCCCUCUUAAACUUCAUUUUGCAGAUGUCAGAGAUCUAACACUAUCGAGGACUUGAGACCACCAGCAAAACAAAAAAACAAAAAAAAAAACAUAGGAAGCUCUCAGACGAGGGAGAUCGUUCUGCAUCAACUUAAAGCUGCUGGAUUAAAACAUGGAAUCAAUCCCUGUCGACAUGGACAAGAAUGCAGAGGAACUCACAGGAAGGAAGAAGUCUCGUUUUAAGCAGCUGAAGACUCGUCUCUUUGGGAAGCUGAAGAAGAAGGAAAGCGAAGGGCUAAUCAAGCAGAGUCAGUCCGCUAGUGACAUCAACGCUCCAGACAGCAGAAGAGGAGGAGACGACUCUGAAGAUGAGUUCACGUAUCCACAGGGUCUGAGCCCCAGAGCGCUGUCUCAUGAUAGCAUCUUCUUCACGGAUCAAACCCAGAGCACAGAACCCACACGAGUGCUUUCACAAGAGAACGUUCACGGCAAAAUUAAAGCCUUACAACUAAAACUACAACAGCAGAACUUACAUCUGGGUCCUCCUCCAAUGCUGAUUCCUGGAAAGCGCACAGAGGACUCGGGAGCCACUUCAGAGGAUGAUGGUUUACCUUGCAGCCCACCGGAAACCUACUUGUAUGAGCGAGUGAUGCAUGGAGGCAUUUACAAGUAUCCCGAACCUCGGAAACAUCUGAGCUCUUUGAGUUUAGCAGGAACAGGAAGUGAAGAAGAAGAACAGGGUGAUCUUUUCCAGUCCUCAUCCAGGCCACUCUCCCCAGUCUUCAAGCCAUCCUCUCAGUCAAUCAUCUGCUCUAGCUCAUCAUUGGCCACGCCCACUGUAGGUGUUGACUUCAGUAGUCCUGCAUCUUACACAGCCACACUGGAUAACUCCGCUGCCCACCAUCGCAUGUCCGUCAAACCGAGAAACCAGCGCGCCAGUACAAGAGGAAACAGAGGGCCUGCGGUAUCCAUUUCUCCCAGGAAACGUUCAGAAAGCAUCAGUGAUUUGGACAGCAUACUGUCUGAGAAAGAUGAUGAUGAUGAUGAUGAGGUUGAUGAUGAAAUUAUGACAUCCACAGAGACAGUGCAUCAUCUUUCACAUUCCCCUCCGACUGUGGAGAUAAAAGUAGAAACCACUAUUCCAGAAGCUCCAGAAACACCAGUGCAGAUCCAGGAGGAGGACGAGGAGAAGCUCAGCACACCUCAUUUAACACCUCUGAGUGCUGAAAUCCUAAAAUCACAAGAGUCUCUCGAACCUGAAGGAAAACUCACCAUGAAUCCUCUUUAUUUGCAGCCAAUGCCCUUCGGCUCAGGUCCACCGUCACCUUCAGGUCUUCCAGAAGUGCAUUUAAUAGAAGCAGAGUCAUUCAUUCAGAAAGACGGCAUGCAUGAUAUACAGAUUGUUGCAAAGGAAAGCAUGAAAGAGGAACCAUCAACUAGGUUUCAUCCAGUGCCUUUACCUCGAGCCAAAAAGCCAAAAGUGGAGAUAAAGAGCCCUCCAUCUCCGAAAGCAUCCACAGAAUCAGUAUCGCUACAGUUUUUGCUAGCAUCUGCUAAAAAUCGCUCCAAAACAAACAACGAUGCAACACUGAAUGAAGGAGAUCUUAAAAUGAAGAUGCAAACUAUUAACUCCAACCUAGAGGUGCUUAAAGAUGAAGAAAAAGAGACAAAACCAGUGGAGAAUCUUCUCUAUCGUAUGCAGAAAUCGAUAGAGAAGAUCGAAGAUACAAAGAGCAUUCGUAGAGAAGCUCCUGCACCUCCUGUCAUGUCUAAACUAGCACCAGGAACUAAUGGUAAGAAGGUCGAUUCGCCUACAGAAAACGUGGACAGUGAAAAGCAAGAGGAACCCGAGGAGCGGAGGAGUGCUUUCGGGGUGCAUCUCCGCACAACCUCUCUGUCGCUGAAAUAUCGCUCGGAGGUGUCCAGGAUGAAGGACGAAACCAAACGCUACAGUUUAGAGUCUAGUACAGUGCUGGCGGACUCAGAAGAGCAUGCUGGGAAAGCUGAGGUGUUCAGGGGUGCAAGUGACAGCAGUUUUAGGAGUAAAGCCAAGAAACAGGAUCCACAGAGUCUGGAGACUCCGCUCGUUGCACAAGACUACGGAAGAUCGUCCAUCCAAAAUACAACCGGGACAUGUAAAGAGGCCGAGCCAGAUUGGAUGAGUCUUGCCAGGGAGAAAACCAGAGCGUACCAGCCAUUAAUGAGCAGAUUCUCUACAAACCAGUCAUCGGUUCAACCUUCACCUCCCGCACAGGCUACCAAACCAGCCUUACAGCCUAAAACACAGACAUUGACCACCACUGUGCUUCAUCCACUGAAAACACAGCCAAUCCAGAGCAGCAGCCAACAGAGCGCACACAAACCUGCUGUUAAACCAACACCCGCGGGACCAAAAGACAAGCCGCAGGACAACAGUAGGAACAAUACCACCGAAGAUGACACGACAAAGAGAACAGCGACUAUUAGUAAGAUGGAUUUCAAUGCAAGACCUGUUCCACCUAACAGCAACACCGAAGCUCUUACCAUCACAUCUGAUCCUCCUCCAGCAACGUCAUCAUCGUCAUCAUCAUCACCUUCAUCUCCAGCAGAUGCCGUUGGAGCUCAGCCGUCCUGGAUGGAGCUCGCCAAGAGAAAGUCUUUAGCGUGGAGCGACAAAAAAACUCUAGAAUGAAGAAGAGAUAAACAGUUGGAGACUGAUGAAGUUGUGCAAUACUAAUGUUACAGGGAAUGAAUGAAGGAAUGUGUGUGUGAACAUGACUGAGUGUGUGUGUGAUUGAGUUACACAGUUUAUCACUAAUAGAGUUUUUUAAUUCUUAUUUUUGUGUGUUUGUACAAUGUUACUUUACACAAAUGUGUGUAAUGUGUGAGCCUGGACCAUAAAACUAGUCUCAUGUCACACUGGUAAAUUACUAAAAUACACACGAAUACUAGUGUGGGUCAAAAUAAUCGAUUUUUAUCACAACAAAAAUCUAAUUUGAUACUGUUUCAUGAAGAUAACUCUAGAAUGUACAUUUUUCCUACUGUAAACAUAUCAAAGCUCAUGUAUUGUCUCAAAUCUUUUCAUUUGGACAACUUUAAAGGUAAUUUUCUCAGUAUUUCGAUUUUUUGGGAUCUCUCAGAUUUCAGAUUUUCUUAUAGGAAUAUCUCAGUCAAAUAUACAACACUGGAAAGAUUAUUUAUUCAUCUUGUCAUGUAUAAAUCUGGUUUUGUGGUCUAGGUGGUCACAUGUACCCUAAUAAUGAUAAUAAUAAUAAUAAACUACUGAUAUAUGACUUAGAUAUAUGAAAGAAGAACACAUUUAGAUUGUCAGCAAUUUUGCACAGUAGUAUUCUGUUACAAAACAGCUGGUUCUUGAUACAGUAAUAAUAAACUAAUAAAUGGUUUCAGAUGGA